AUGGCUAUAGAAAGGAACAACACAGUUGUGACAAAAUUCAUCCUCCUGGGAUUUUCAGAUCAUCUUCAAAUGAAGAUUUUACUUUUUGUGCUAUUUCUGGGGAUCUACCUCCUGACCCUAGGCUGGAACCUGAGCCUCAUCGCUCUUAUCAGAAUGGACUUUCACCUGCACACACCCAUGUACUUCUUCCUCAGUAACCUGUCUUUUCUGGACAUCUGCUAUGUGUCCUCCACAGUUCCCAAGAUGCUCUCUGACAUUAUCACAGAACAGAAAACCAUUUCCUUUGUUGGCUGUGCCACACAAUACUUUGUCUUCUGUGGAAUGGGGCUGACCGAAUGCUUUCUUCUGGCAGCCAUGGCCUAUGACCGGUAUGCUGCAAUCUGCAACCCAUUGCUCUACACGGCCCUCAUAUCCCAUACACUUUGUUUAAAGAUGGUGGCUGGUGCCUAUGUGGGAGGAUUCCUUAGUUCUUUAAUUGAAACAUACGCUGUCUAUCAGCAUGAUUUCUGUGGGCCCAACGUAAUCAACCACUUCUUCUGUGACCUUCCUCCAGUCCUGGCUCUGUCCUGCUCUGAUACCUUCACCAGCCAGGUGGUGACCUUCAUUGUGGGUGUUGUUGUUGGAGUGAUAUCUGUCCUUGUGGUCCUCAUCUCUUACAGUUACAUUGUUGUGACUGUCCUGAAGAUCAGCUCAGCUAAAGGUAGGGCCAAGGCCUUCAGCACCUGUGCCUCUCACCUGACUGCUGUGACCCUCUUUUACGGUUCUGGUCUCUUCAUGUAUAUGCGACCUAGUUCCAGCUACUCCCUAAACCGGGACAAGGUGGUAUCCAUUUUCUAUGCUGUGGUGAUCCCCAUGGUGAAUCCCAUCAUCUACAGUCUUAGGAAUAAGGAGAUUAAAAAUGCCAUGAGAAAAGCUGUGGAAAGGGACCAUGUGCUUGCUUACAGGCAUUCAUUUUUCUGA